ACGGCGCAAAGGCCUGUUGGUGUUGGCCGCAAAACCAAAAGCCUGCUUUCUCCCAUCAACCAAAGCCCCCGUUGUGUGCCGUGACGAUGGCCUUCCUGAGACUCCCGCUGUUCGUUGUCGCAGUGGCGCUCGCCGCGGGGCUGGGCGGCAGCCCCGUCUGCGGCAAGCACAUCCGCACCGAGGGCAGCCAGCUCACAGGUGGGCAGGCACGCAUGCAGCACCAACGAGGCUGGUGCAUUGCAAUGUCACAGUGCACUCGUUGAUGCCGUUGCAUGCGCCCGUGAAUGAUGCAUUCAGAGGUGACCGUCAAGGGAUGCAAGGACGACGCCGAGUGCCCCAAGCACCCUUUCGAGACGGACAAGUGCUACAAGGAGGUCAACUCCUUCGGGAAAGUUUCCGCCGAGGGCCGCUGCAAGGUGCGAAUUCAAUUGUUUGAAUUACAGUAUUGAGGCAAUUGAAUCGUCAACCCGCAUGCGCAUUGACCGUCGCUUUGUGCCAUGCGUGCAUGGCAGGAGGUGACUAUGGCGACUACUGUGACACGUUUUUCGGGCACGGGUGUGGCUCGGGGCUGGUGUGCCUCCCGGUGGACUACCUCGAGCCCCUGUACAAGCUGAGGAAGCUCACCCGCACCUGCGUCUAACAUCACUGCGGCCAGCGAACGAAUUAGAAAACCGCCAUUUUGUUUUCCUUUUCUUUUGGCGGGGUGCUGAGUUGGGUGGAAGACACGAGUGAGCUGCAUGCAGUCUGUCUGUCUGUCUGAAUGUCUGUCUGUCUGUCUGUCUCGUCACGUGGGGGAUGUGUGUGUGUGCGCAGGGGGGAUGGGGGGGAUGAGCAGAGAGAGUAGCGAGGGCCGACAGGCACACCGAUUGACAGAGAGAACGAUGUCAUGCAGUAAUGAUGUGACAGGCGGGUCACAGCCGCGACACUUGCGGUCGAUCAUCAGCAGUUGGUAUCAAUGACAUUAUACAGACACACACGAGAAGUCAGGCUCCCCCACCCCGAG